AUGACCAACUCCGAACCCGAGAUGGAGCUGAGCUCCGCCCAGCCGCACCCUUUCAACGGACAGGUCGAGGAGCUACAGCGCCUCAUCCUGGCAAGUGGACCAGAGCAGGGCGACUACGACAAUGUAUGCCAACGGGCAGCCGGCGAGCUCGACAAGAUUGCCUCAAAACUGAGAGAUUCGCACACCGUUCGCGCAGACGGACCUGCCCAUGAUUCUGUGCAAGAUUGUGGAGGCGAAGCCGGUGGGAACGGCGCAGCAGCAGAAGCUGUGGCAGCAGGCAGGGCGAGUCGCGGCCAACCUGAGCGCGGACUCCGUGCUGAAACUACUAUCGACGGACCUGCCGCACGACGUCUCCGUGCCGCUGACAGCGUCGCUGCUGAACCUGACAAACGACAAGCUCCCCUCACAGGCCUGCUGAAGCUGACGGAGGGCGUGCCGGACGCCGAGUGGCUGUGGGCGAUCGCGGACAAUGUCGUUCUGCAGAAACCCACCUUCUCUCUGACCGCGAGCGACUUUACGCCCUUCGUGCCAACAUUCACGCUCGACAUGGACCCGGACGAGUUCCCGACCUCGCUUAACAUCGUGAAGCACUCGACCGGUGUGCUGGAGCGUUUCGCGGCGGCGGACAUGCUCGCCCCGCAGCUGCUGAAGGACAAGCCGUCUGUCGAGCCCAUGCUCGACUUUAUCGAGCAUGCGGAGCUGCCGUCACAGGUCGAGAACAGGGAAGAGACGGACAAGGAGCUCGGCAAGGCCAAGGCUGCGGCGGCACGCACGCUCGUCUUCCUCAUGAGCGAGACGGAAGUGCCGACGUGGCUCUGGGAGAGGGUUGAGCGGUGGUUCGACCAGGACGCGCAGAAGCGGCCCGACCUCGUCAGCUGUGCGCUUCUAGCGUAUGGAAACAGGGCACGAAGUGACGCGGCCUCAAUCGCAACCCUCAAGUCCCCCUCCCUCCUCCCCCGCCUCGUGCACCUGCUCAACCCCAAAUCCCCGCUAAUCGUGCAACACGCGCUCCUCGGCCUGCUGCGCAACCUGUCCAUCCCCGAAGCGAACCGGAAACCCCUCGGCGACGCGGGCGUAGUCGAGGGCGUCGUGGGCUUGGAGCCGUGGACGGAACAGCGCGACGUGGUGGGCGCAGUACAGGGCGCAGCGAUUGGCGUCGUCAAGGCCCUCGUUCGGGAUCCGGCCAAUGCGAUCCGCUUCGCGAACACUUCAGGCCCACAGGACCUCCUCAGUCUGAUCGACCGGACCUCCGACCCCGCUUUGAGUCUGGAGGCCACGCGCGUGUUCGUGAACGCGAUCCGGUCUCUCUCCCAGGGCCCCAUUGCCUCUUCCCCAGAGGCGAAGGAAGCCCUGGAGGCGUACACGUCGGCAGACGCUCUGGACGCGGUCGCGGGACUGCUUGCGGCGCCCUACCCCGUGCUCAUGAACGAGGGCCUCGUCGCUCUCUCGCUUGCCUCGCUCUCGCAAAAGUCCGCAGUCGAGGGCGCCCUCAUGCGGCCGUCACGCGUGCAGACUGCCCCCGCUCCCAAUGCCUCCUCAACACAAGCCGAUGACGGCAAGGGCGCCAAGCGUGUCGACCUCGAGCAAACGGCCAAGCUCCGCCCUGUUGAUAAACUCGUCAAGAUCCUCGACCCGAGUCCGGCUAGCGACAAUGUGGGGCCUGAAAUCAAGGCUAACGCCGGCACGCUUGUCAAGUCUGUCGGCGGUAAGGUUGCCGAUACGAUCAAGGGCGGGUUGAAGAAUGAGGCAGAGAUUAUUGCUAUGGACAAGUAG